AUGCAGGAAGGCGACAAGAUCAAAGUGAAGGUGGGCUUUCCUUUGCUUGCGGUUCACAGUAACCAUCGCAACGAUGUAGGUGGACGUUACUUUCAGGUGGCCAACGUGGACGUGAUGAACGAGCAGAUCGCAGUCACCACACGACCCCUGGGUGCUCACGAUGGCACCGGGGCCGGGGGAGAUACCAUGCGGGCGGGAUCGGGAAAGCGGUCCCAGGCUAAGGUCGGCGAGAAGGUGGAGGGCACGAUGAUGAGCCAGUCGCAGGCUGGCAUUUUCUUCGAUGCCGGCUACUCCGAGCACUUUCUCGCCCCAGACAACCUGCUCCGCAAGCCGAAGGACGAAUACACAGGUGGCGAGGUUGCUGAUCUGACUGUAAUGCAAGUGGAUGGAGACCGCAUCACGGUGUCGGACAGGGAGGAUGUGGGCAAGCCAAUCGCAACCUUCGUCCACGGUCAAGAGGUUGCUGGAAAGGUCGUCCGCUACGUGGACAGCCUGGGCAUCUGGAUGGACAUUGGAGCUUCCCGGGAGCGCUGA